AUGAGAGUGCAUGUAACAAAAUUGUGAUUUUUUCCUAUAUGAAAAUAAAUUAAAAUGGGUAAAAAGAAACAAGCUAAACAAGAAAAGAUUCAGCCUGCAGAUGACUCCACGAAGUCAAAGAAACACAGAGAUGAAAAAGGAAAGAAGACUUACUCUCUGCCAAAGUCAGGAGACAAAUCUGUCGCGGAUGACAAAGACAACACAGAAAAGAUAAAGAUACCACAACUUCUGGAACAAGACAUCAUUCAGCUGAUCAAUGGUGAACAUGCACAGUCUACAAAGACCAAAGAACUCAGCAAGCGUAUCACUAACAAAAAGCUCAUGGACAUGUACACCAGUCUACAGGGAGCUGGGUUCAGUCAUAACCAAAUCGAGCAGGCCAUGAAUAGUACCGUCACCUAUGGAGGAGAUCUGAUAGACUCUCUGGAUUGGCUCUGUCUCAACUUGGCUAAUGAUAAGCUUCCUAAAGGAUUUUCAGAAACAUUGGAAAAAGCAGAAAUCAAAAUUCGGCCAAAAUUUGAACGAAAAAAGUUUGAAAUGUCACCUCAGCCACCGACAACUUCUGUAGAAGUAGAACCGAACCAGUCUCCAGAAAACUCAAAGUCAAAGGAGGAAUCAAUGAAGAACUGGAUUCUUAAGUAUUCAGAGCAGUCCUCUGAUGAAGAGGAGGGAGAGGAUGAAGAGGAUAUAAAAAACGUAGAUCCGAAUGAACAGUAUUUAGAACUGACUGCCAAGCUACUGGAUGCUAAAGAAGAGGCUGCCUUGAUUAAAAGGGAGGGAGACAAAGUGCGACAAAAAGAACUUGGACAGAAAAUCAGAAAGUUAAUCACUGAUAUGGAUGUUUUGGAAAGUGACCCAAAGUUUGACCCAGCUGUGAAAAUCAAGGGUCUCGAUAAGGAAAAAACUGAUGCAGGAGAUCAACCAAACACAUUAGCCAGUGUGUGUCAAACUAAGUCUGAUGAUCACGCUGAGAUCAAACAGACAGAUCUUGAUGGUAAUUAUGACAAAGGUAAAUCCGAAGCAGUAGAAGAUGAUGACUGUACAGGAUUUGCCUUGUUUGAAGAAAUGGCGUCUAAAGAGGAACCAAAGAAAAUUUCCCAGACUGCGAAAGUGGCACAAGAUGUGCGUCAGUUUGAGUAUACUCGUCAGCAAUGGACAGGAAAGUCCCCUAAACAGUUUCUCAUUGAUUGGUGUCGCAAACACAAAUGUGAGGCCCCGAAGUAUUACAAGAUCCAGCACAGAGGAAGCAAAUGGGCCAGCAGAUGUAUGGUUGAUCGUAAGAAGGAUGGUAAGCUGGAAGUUGUUCCUGAGAUUCUGUGUGAAAACAUUAAAGAAUCUGAGCACCUGGCAUCAACACUUGCUUUGUAUGAACUGUGCAAAGGUCAGUCUGUUCACCAGUUGUUGCCUCCUCCCUACAGAGCUGUGUGGCUAGAAUGGCUUGACCAGGAGAAAGCAGAAGCAGAUUUGGUCAAACAAACAGAGAACAAGCCUCGGGAUCAAUUCAUCAGCAAAUUGAUGAAGAAGCUCAAAAUCUCUAUCAGUGUUAUGGAAGCAGAUCCUGAGGGAGAAGAAGAUGAUGUUGUGGAAUCCUGGGAAGAUCUAGACGACAUGGAUGAUAUGGAGUUUGAAGACUCUGAUGACAAGAAUGAACAAGACACAGAGCUAAUUCCAUCUGAACCAUCUUCGGGUGAUAUGAAGUCAUAUAGUCACCUAACAAAAUCGCGGAGAAGGGCUGGAACUAUGUCAGGCAGGGAAAUGAAGGACUUGUUCAAACAACGUUGUCAAUCCGAUGGAUUCCGUACUCUGUUAAAAACCAGACAGGAGUUGCCUGUGUAUAAACACCGCACCGCAAUACUGGACAUGAUUGCGGGUCAGAGUGUGGUCGUGAUUGCUGGCGAAACUGGUAGUGGCAAGAGUACUCAAAUACCGCAGUUUUUACUAGAGUACUUUGUAAGCCAAGGAGAAGGACACAAGUGUAAUAUUGUUUGUACUGAGCCUCGGAGAAUUUCAGCAACAAGUCUCAGCCAUCGUGUCUCCCAGGAGAUGGGCGAGGGUGCGCUUGGACGCCAGGAUUCUUUGGUCGGUUAUCAAAUACGUUUUGAGUCCAAGUGUGGCCCUAAUUCCCGUUUGGUGUAUUGUACGACUGGGGUGCUACUACGAAGACUACAGACAGAUCCCACAUUGAAAGAGGUGUCUCACAUUGUAGUUGAUGAGGUCCAUGAGCGGAGUGUCCAGUCAGACUUCCUCCUCAUCAUCUUGCGUCGUCUUCUGUCAGUUCGGACAGAUCUGAAAAUAAUCCUGAUGAGCGCUACAUUGGACAGUGAUAAAUUCUCUGCAUACUUCCAUCACUGUAGUGUCAUCAACAUACCAGGUCGGACCUUUCCUGUGGCGGUUUACCACGUGGAAGAUGUGAUAGAACGUACAUUGUACGUACUGGAUGAUGACUCACCAUAUGCCCUGAGACCAGAACAGUUAGUCAAGGAAGAACAAGCUAAUUUAGCUGUUACCGGUAAAGGUGGGGAGCAGACACAUGUGGACGUCUACUGGACAAAAGAGAAUGUAUCCAAAAUUGAUCGAACUGACCUGUGUCCUAAGACGUACAGUUUACGAACCCGUAACACAGUGACCAGAUCUAACACUGAUCGUAUUAACAUGGAGCUUAUUGUGGAACUGUUGUGUUACUUGGAGAAAAGUCCUGAGUUUUCCCAGGUAGAAGGAGCAGUCCUCAUUUUUAUGCCUGGUUUGGCCGAUAUCCAGGAACUGUAUGAGCUACUGAUGGCCGACCGUAACUUUACAAAAUCUCAGAGGUACCAAGUGAUUGCCUUACAUUCCAUCCUGUCAUCCUCAGACCAGAAUGAGGCUUUCAGAGUCCCACCUCCAGGAAUUAGGAAGGUUGUCAUAGCAACCAACAUAGCAGAAACUGGUAUCACCAUACCAGAUGUUGUCUUCGUUAUUGACACGGGGAAAGUGAAGGAAAAUCGGUACAUGGAGUCUAGUCAGAUGAGUGCUCUGAGGGAGGUAUACAUCAGUAAGGCUAAUGCUAAACAGAGACAGGGAAGAGCUGGUCGAGUCAGAGAAGGCUUCUGUUUUAGGAUGUAUACCAAAGAAAGAUACCAGGACAUGGCCCCGUAUACUGUACCUGAGAUACAGAGAGUUCCUCUGGAGGAACUCUGUUUACACAUCAUGAAAUGUGAUCUAGGAGAACCGGAGCACUUUUUGUCUGAAGCCCUGGACCCUCCCAGACCUAAUGUGAUUGCCAGGGCCAUGGGGAUGCUGCACGAAGUAGGGGCGUGUCAGGAGGGAUCAAUACUGACCCCUUUAGGUCACCAUCUAGCUGCACUUCCUGUCCACGUACGCAUUGGCAAAGUUCUUCUGAUUGGUGCAAUAUUUGGAUACCUUGAACCUGUGGCAGUGAUUGCAGCUGCUAUGACAACCAAAUCUCCAUUUGUAGCUCCUAUACAGAAACUUGACCUUGCCCAAGCUGCUAAAGUAUCCAUGGCAACUGCUGCUUCAGAUCACCUGACAGUCUACAAGGCUUAUCUUGGGUGGCAACAGACCAAAAGAGAAAGUGGUCAUGUAGAACAACAGUACUGUCAAAAGUACUUUCUUAGAAGGAACACACUGCUGGAGAUAGAGAAUUUAUCAAAUGAUUUGAUUCGACUUGUAAAGUCUAUCGGCUUUGGGGAUUCCAGACAUUCACAAAAGCAAAUGACAACAGUCGCACCUGGAUCUGUACUUGAAAUAAGUAAAUCUACUGUUGGAACAAGUACAGAUAUUGACUUAAAAACUGUUGCCAUGUUGAAGGCAGUCAUUGCUGCUGGUCUGUAUCCAAAUGUUGCCAAGAUAACAUACAGUGCUCCAGUCGAUGCAGCUGCUCAUCCUCGCAGGAACCAUGUAUGUGUGGGUGAGACCGCCCAGGGUCCAGCUGGUGUACAUCCCUCCUCUGUCAACCGGACCCUAGCAUCCAAUGGAUGGAUAGCAUAUCAAGAGAAGGUGACAACAUCAAAGGUGUACCUAAGGGAGGUUACUCUUGUCUCUCCGUAUUCCUUGUUGUUGUUUGGUGGUGAUAUACAUGUUCAGCAUACAGACCAAUUAGUCACUAUAGAUGACAGAAUUUCCUUUACGGCAUUUGCUAAGACUGGAGUUAUAUUCCGUGAAUUGAGGAAGUUACUGGAUAAACUUUUGGAGAGAAAAUUAGCGAAUCCAUCACUGGACCUGCUAGGUGACAAACUGAUCAUCGUGAUAUGCGAAUUGCUCUGGUCAGAGAGGACAAGUAGAUGACGGGGAAGGAUACGUCUUUAAUAAAACAUAUAAUAAACAAA